GAGAGCUGGUGUGUCUCUGCCUUCUUCUGGAGAGAAAUGGCAGGUUUGGAAAACGGGGACAACCAGGAGAGGACAGCUGGAAGCUCUGCUCCAGAAACUGAUGGCGAGCCGCAGACCCCGGUGCUGCGCAUCACUCAGCUGGAUGCCCUCGAGCUCGACUCUGCCCUCGAGCAGCUGGUAUGGACCCAGUUCUCCCAGUGCUUCCAGAACUGCCGCCCCGGCCUGCUCACGCCUCUGGAGCCUGAGCUGAGGGCUCUGCUCCAUCUGCUCGUGUGGAGGUUCACACUCUACUCCAGCAGCACCACCGUGGGCCAGUCUUUACUCAGCCUGCGCUACCACAGCACUCUGUCCUCCUCUCCCCGGUACAGUCCUCUGUCCAGCAGGCAGAAGUUGGGUCUGGCCCUGCUCACCGCCGGCCCCCGCUGGCUCCAGGACCGCUCCCAUAGCCUGCUGCUGGGUUUGGGUUUGACUCCAGGAGGGCCUGGAGGAGACAGUGGUUUCCUCCUACAGGGUCUCCGUACUUGCCUGACACUUGUUUCUAGCAUUGCCCAGCUCGCAGGUCUCCUCAACUUCCUUGUGUUCCUGAGGAAAGGUCGCCAUCCUGUCCUGGCUGAACGGAUCACGGGAGCUCAGGCGGUUUUCAGCAAGGCCAAUGUGCACCGGGACAUAGACUACCAGUACAUGAACCGGGAGCUGAUGUGGCACGGUUUCGCUGAGUUCCUCAUCUUCCUGCUGCCGCUGAUCAAUACGGGGAAACUGAAAGCAAAGGUGUCUUCACUUGUUUUCGGGGGAGAAAGGGCCACUGGGGAGGGAGGGGAAGAAGAGCAAGGGGUGUGGAAGGAGUGUGGCCUGUGCGGAGAGUGGCCCACGAUGCCUCACACUGUGGGUUGCCGGCAUGUCUUCUGCUACUACUGCAUCAAAAGCCACAGCGUUGCAGACGCUUGCCUCACCUGUCCCAAAUGUGGUGCAGAUGCCGGGCAACCGGAGCCGGUCCAAAUAGAGGAGGAGGUGAUUGGCAGGCCAUGAUACGGAGAAGAGUUUAUUUUUUGAAAUUGCACCGACGUGAAACUGAAAUAAAAAAUUGUGUUUUAUAAUUCCAUAGCUGUCCAAACUUAAUUCAGGGAACAUUCUCAAUUGCCUAUUGCAGAAUAAUCGUAACAUCUAAGUGUUAACAAUAUUUUGGUUCAUUUAUCACUGGACAGAAGUAUAUUUAUAACAUGUAGAAAAAGAUUUUGCGGCGCCUGAUCUAUGAGCAGCCCUCAGAUUCACAAGGUCGUGGUGGAUGAGUUUAUGACUGGACUUCAGUCUUUAUGAUGUCUGUGCCUUCCUGAACACACAUCGACCUGCUAUGUUUAAUGCAUGCGUGCAUAUAUUGACAAUCCUCUGGCCCUUCUGUUUCUCCAGCCGGACUUUGGACAGAACUAUUUGUCUUUGCUGCACUGGACAGACUACAGAGAACCACACAGAGCAUAUAUUUGAUGAGCGAACGUGUUGAUUUAUGCUCCAAAUUGGCUCUGUGUGAGUGUGUGUAUGUGUGUGUGUGUGUGUUUGUUGAAAUGGGAAUAUUUGUUCUGAUGAAAAAUGCAGAAAGUCAGCUGAAUAAAUAAUGGGAGGAAUUUCUGAUGCCUCUCAUCAUUGCCAAA